AUGGAGAUUGGCCAUGAUUUUAGUGGCAUCUACCAGCACCGACUUGCUGUUGCUAUUACAGCUUUAUGCUGCUCCAGCGGGAGCAGCUCAGCCCAGCUCAGCCCACCUUACCCGUCCAGGCUCCGCAGCGGCAGACCUCUCCGCACCCUCCCCCGUGCUCGUCUCCGCCCUUCGAGAACCACCGCUCGCGGCAGCAGCCACCGGCUCCCCCGGAAGCGGACGCGGGUCACUUCCUUUACUGUCACGCCCAAGAUGGCGGCCGCCCAGGAGCCGCGGAUGCGGCCGCUCCAGCGGCCUUCCAGAAUAGCCGGAACGGCGGGGUAUCGGCGCCCUGAAUCCCCUGCGAAAGCAGACGACAAAUCCAGGCCAAGCCGGCAGCAAGACCUGGAGGGCAGCGGGUUGUGGUGCGGCGCUGCGGCCACCACCCAGCCUUGGAAGUUGGGACAGCCCACGGCGGCGGGCGCCUUGCUGGCACGGUGUCUGGAGGCGGGCGUCGUCAGCCGGGAGACACUGGAUCUAACCUGUAGAAAAACCCCAUGCUUUGUGAAAUUCUCAGAGGUGGAAAAAAUGGCAAACAUGCAAGCUGAAAUCAAUGAGAAGAGACUGAAAGCUGAAAUUCUGCAGUUGGAGAAGGAUACAGCAGACAUUGCUCACCCUUUUUACUUACGCAAAAAAUGCGAGGUGUUGCAAGAUGUGAACAGACACUUGGAAGCUGUACUAAAAAAUAAGAAGGCUCUUAAAAAGAGGUUGAUAAAGCCCAGGUGUCAAAACAGCUUGCCUAUUGAAGCUACCUUCCACAAGUAUGUAGUGGAAUUGUUGAGCGAGGCUGUGACUUUCAUUGAGAAGCUUGAAAGCCAUUUGCAGGCCGUAAGAACCAUCCCUCAGAUACCAGACAUGAUGAAGAAUAUGGACACUGCUUUGACCAAAACAGAGAUGCUUGUGAUGGAGCUGGAGGACCUGGCAGACCAAAUACUGAAAUGGAAAGACGUGCAAAAACAAGCGUAUUCUGACAGCAUCUGCAAUACUGCUGAACUGGAUUUUGGCCUGUCUUUUGCCUAACAAAUCAUUUUCCUCAAGUAGGAUGGCUCUUUCAAGAACUACCUUUUUACAGUCUUCUGUGAUAAGUACAACGUUGUUGUGCUUUAAUCCAACAGGCUCUUUGGCAGUAGUCUUAUUUCUGUUCAUCUGUAACCGUUCUCCAACUUUUUUAAAAAAAAUAAAAAAAAAAAAGGACCAUGAUCAGUAGCUCACAGGAGAACAGGCUACUGAGGACACUGGACACUGUUAAGGUGUUCCUUUUAGAAACAGGUCAACAGGAUUCCUUUGGAGCCUGUGUCUUCAAGGUAAAUAUGUUUCGUAUUUCUUAGGAACUUGUUAAGAGUGUCUUCAUUUUUGUAACCAUCAUGGUAAUACACUUUUUUGUAUGUCACAAUAAA